AUGGCGUCUUAUAUACAAGGCUAUGAUGAGGAAAGAUUCGCAAGCAAAGUUAAUCGAAAUUUCCUCUGUUUGAUUUGCUUCAAUGUCCUUAAAGACCCGGUUCUGUGUCCGAGAAAUCAACAUUGUUUCUGUCGUGCUUGUAUUACGAAACACCUCGAGAAUUCUCGAAGAUGCCCUACGUGUGCGGACGAACUGACUGUAGAGACUCUAGCAGAACCCAACAGAAUGGUAAAAGAUUAUUUAGAUGAAUUAAAUAUUCAUUGUGUUUACAACAACAGGGGCUGUGAAGAGAUCGUACAACUGCAACAUCUUGACAUCCACGAGGCUACAUGUGGAUUUACUCCAGCCGUUUGUACAAACCCAGGCUGUGGUGUAACUUUAAACCAGCGUGAUCUUAUUAACCACGAAAGUGAACUAUGUGAAUUUCGCAAGUUGAAGUGCCACUCGUGCGGACAAAUGGCAAAAACGUUGGCAGAUAUGAAGAAAAGAAUGGCAACGAUGGCGACAAAUCUGGCGACUGUCGAGACAAAUGUGGCGACCAAUAUGGCGAAAAUGGUGACUGUGGUUGCCAUGGAAACCUGCAUGAAUGAUAUACAAGCGAAUGUAGAGACACAAAUUGCAAAUGUGGAGAAGAACAUGGAGAGAAACACCACAGACAUGAAAACAGACAUGCAGGAACUGAUGGAAGGAAAACUCGAAGCAGUGAAUAAUGAGGUGAAAGGAUUGAAAACAGCUUUGAUUGAAGGUUUUGAUGAAAUGAAGGAUGUUCUUGUCAAGAUGGAGGACAAGAUAGAAGAAAACACAAGAAAAGUAAGAAAUGCAGCAAGUGGUGAUAAGGAAAAUAUAAUUGUUGCUGGAGGUGAUGGAACUGUCUCUGUAGAGAUGUUUAAUUGGCGUCAAAGAACAUGGUCGCCAUUACAAUCCUUGCCAAAGAAGCGUCGAGGUGCAACUUUAUUUGUAUACCACAAUCAUGUGACAAUUGCUGGCGGUUAUUCUUCUGGCUAUCUCGAUGAUAUGAUUAGAAUGAAUAUCAACCCAAACCCUGAUCUCUCAACACACUGGAGUGACUGUCCUGUUAAACUGCCUGGUAAGUUGGGAUACCACAGCAGUGUGCUGUAUAAUGAUCAGAUAAUAGUCACUGGUGGUCAUAAUGAAAAUGGAGCAUCUGACUGUAUUCUUGAAGUUCAGCUUACCCCUCCUUAUACCGCAAAGACCUUAUCAAGAAUGCCAGAAGCAAGACUGUACCACAGCACGCAAUUAUUUGAUGAUAGUUUGUUGAUCGUGGGUGGACGUACAACUAGCAGUUACCUAAACAACCUCAGCAGUGUCUUACUGUAUGAUAUAAAGAAGAAUGAAUGUAAACAGUUGGCACCACUGCCGUAUGAAGUGAGUGAGAUGGCAACUGUGAGAUGGGGAGACAACAUCAUUGUUAUAGGCGGCAUUGACAAACGUGGCAAUCGAUUAGAUACAGUGAUCAUUUACAAUGUCAAAACUGAACAGAGUUGCAUGUUGCCGCCAAUGAGAUGCAAAAGACGGAGAUGUACUGCCGUUGUUAUUGGAAACAACAUUGUAGUACUGGGAGGAAUUUGUGAGCAAGGACGUGACUUAAAGUCAGUUGAAGCUUUCAACUUCGAAAGUUAUACUUGGCAAAAACUUCCAGGAAUGUCUCAAGCGAGAUAUUGGCACACUGCUCAGGGGCGGAUUCAGACCGUUGCAACCGUAGCAUAUGCUACGGUCAGAUUUUCCCUGAGAUAUAUUUUUCCAGGUUGUACCUUUUUUAAAGUUGUUAAAAACUAA